CCCCUGGUGCCAAAGCAGGAAGGAGGUGGAGCCUCGGCUGAGACGGCCUGGGAGGUCGCUCACAGAUAAGGGGGUUUUCUACACAAGAGCCCUGGGAGAGGAAAUGGAGCCCCAGCACCCGAGACAAAGGGCAGGGAUGGGACUAGCCAGCAAAGGAGGCUGCAGCCAGAGGCCCCGGAUCAGACACCCAGUGGAGCGGUUAGAUCGCCAAACCUUCUCCUUCCACUUUCGCAACCUGAGAUUUGCCAGUGGGCGGAACUGCACCUACCUCUGCUACCAGGUGGAAAGACUGAAGCACUGCUCACCUGACUUCUCCGACUGGGGGGUCUUUCAAAACUGGGUCUAUCCCUGCCAUGUGGAACUCUGCUUCCUCUCUUGGUUUCGCGCUAAGAAGCUGUCCUCUCACGAGCAGUACCGCAUCACCUGGUUCUUAUCCUGGAGCCCCUGCUUGUCAUGUGCAGAGCAGGUGGUUGCGUUCCUGAAGGAGAACAGGAACGUGAGGCUGAGCAUCUUCGCCGCCCGCCUCUACUACUUCUGGAAACCAGAUUACCAGCACGGGCUGCGCAUACUGCGCCACCAGAGGGCCUGGGUGCGCAUCAUGUCCUUCCGAGACUUUAAAUACUGUUGGAAAAACUUUGUGUACAAUCAGGGAAUGCCCUUCAAGCCUUGGAAGAAACUGCGUAAAAAUUAUCAGUUCCUGGUGGCAAAGCUUCAUGAAAUUCUCGGGAUAUCCGCAACGAAACGCCACAGACUGGGUGACUUAACAACAGGUGUUUACUUUCUCACGGAUAUGGAGGCUAGAAGUCCAAGAUCAAGGAGUCGAAACACAAUGAAUCUGCUAAAAACAAAUAUAUUCAGACAACAGUUUGGCAACCAGCCCCGGGUCCCACAGCCCUGCUACCGGAGGAAGACCUAUUUGUGCUACCAGCUGAAGCAGCUCGACGGCUUCACGCUUGACAAAGGCUGCUUCCAAAACAAGAAACAGCGACAUGCAGAAAUUCGCUUUAUUGACAAGAUCACCUCACUGAAUCUCGACCCAAACCAGCGCUACAAAAUCAUCUGCUAUGUCACGUGGAGCCCCUGCGCUGCCUGUGCCGGGGAACUGGUUGAUUUCAUCAACGGUCAGGACAACCUGAGCCUGCAGAUCUUUGCCUCCCGCCUGUACUUCCACUGGGUCAAGGUGUUUCAGAGGGGGCUGCAGCAGCUACAGGCAGCCCAGGUCUCAGUGGCUGUCAUGACCCGCUCAGAGUUUGAAGACUGCUGGGAAGAAUUUGUGGAUAACCAGGGGAUGCCCUUCGAGUCCUGGGAUAAGCUGGAGCAAUACAGUGAGAGCAUAAGCCGUCGGCUCCAGAGGAUCCUGUCGCCCUCGAAUUGGAAUAAUUUAGAGGAUUCCUUCAGAGACUUGAGACUUGGAUCCCCAUCCCCUUCGUCGUUAAGAAGUGACUCAAGAUGACAGGUCCUGGGGCAUCUCACUGCUUCAUAAACUGCUGGCUCUUAGGAGCAAGGAGCAAGCCCCACGGUCACCCCUGACCCUCGCCCAAGUCCAGAGACCUUUCUUUCCUCUUUCAUUCUUCUUUUUUCCUUUCUUUUCUAAGUGGGUAAAUAUUUUUAUAAUUGAAAAAAUAAAGAUAAUUUGAAAGUCUGUAAAACUUGGGUUACUUUCUGAAAGGAGAAUCAGGUUUUUCCUUCAUAAAAAGAUGAGUAUAAAGAACUUUCAUACUACAGCUCUAAGGAAAAAUUUACUUAAGAAUUCCUAGUAUAGGGACAUCCCUGGUGGCGCAGUGGUUAAAAAUCCACCUGCCAAUGCCGGCGACACGGGUUCAAGCCCUGGUCCGGGAAGGUCCCACAUGCCGCGGAGCAACUAAGCCCGUGCGCCACAACUACUGAGCCUGUGCUCUAGAGCCCGUGAGCCACAACUACUGAGCCUGCGUGCCAUAACUAAUGAAGCCCGCACACCUUGAGUCUGUGCCCUGCAAUAAGAGAAGCCACUUCAGUGAGAAGCCACUGCAAUGAGAAGCCCGCACACCACAACGAAGAGUAGCCCCCACUCGCCACAACCAGAGAAAGCCCGCAUGCAGCGACUACUAAAGCCCACGUGCCUAGAGCCCGUGCUCUGCAGCAAGAGAAGCCACCAAAAUGAGAAGCACGCACGCUGCAACAAACAGUAUCCCCUGCUGGCGGCAACUAGAGAAAGCCUGCGCACAACGAAGACCCAACACAACCAGAAAUACAUUAAAAAAUUUUAUACAAAAAUAAAAUAAAAUAAAAAUGGGCAAAAAAACUGAAUAGACAUUUUUCCGAAGAGGAAAUGCAGAUGGCCAACAGGCACAUGAAAAGAUGCUCAACAUCGCUAAUCAUCAGGGAAAUGAAAAUCAAAACCACAAUGAGAUAUCACCUCACACCUAUCAGAAUGGCUAGUAUCGAAAAACACAAAUAACAAACGUUAGCGAUGGUGUGGAGAAAAGGGAACCCUUCUACCCUGUUGGUGGGAAUGUAAAUUGGUGCAGCCACUGUGGAAAAGAGCACGGAAGUUUCCCAAGAAACUAAAAAUAGAACUAUCAUAUGACCCAACAAUACCACUCCUGGGUAUAUAUCUGGAAAAAAACAAGAACACUAAUUUGAAAAGAUACAUGCAUUCCAAUGUUCAUAGUAGUGUUAUUUACAAUUGCCAAGAUAUGGAAGCGACCUAAGUGUCCAUCAACAGAUGAAUGGAUAAAGAAGAUGUGGUAUAUAUAUACAAAGGAAUAUUACUCAGCCCUAAAAAGGAACAAAAUUUUGUCUUUUGCAGCAACAUGGAUGGACUUAGAGGACAUUAUGCUAAGUGAAAUAAGUGGGACAAAACAAAUACUGUGCGAUCUCACUGAUAUGUGGAAUGUAAAAAAUACAACAAACUAGUGAAUAAAACAAAAAAGAGGGCUUCCCUGGUGGCGCAGUGGUUGGGAGUCCGCCUGCCGAUGCAGGGGACACGGGUUCGUGCCCCGGUCCGGGAAGAUCCCACAUGCCGCGGAGCGGCUGGGCCCGUGAGCCAUGGCCGCUGAGCCUGCGCGUCCGGAGCCUGUGCUCCGCAACGGGAGAGGCCACAACGGUGAGAGGCCCGCGUACCGCAAAAAAAAAAAAAAAG